GUGAAAGAGAUCUCUCUGUGAAAAGGACAGCCUACAACUGCUCAGCUCCAAGAGGAGGCUGAGCUUCUGAGAGGACGUGUCUGAGACUCGAUUUGCCUCUCCACCCAUCCAGCUAGCAUGGAACCAAAGCGGAUCAGGGAGGGCUACCUUGUGAAGAAGGGGAGCGUGUUUAACACCUGGAAACCCAUGUGGGUUGUACUGUUAGAAGAUGGAAUUGAAUUUUAUAAAAAGAAAAGUGACAACAGCCCCAAAGGAAUGAUCCCUCUGAAAGGAAGUGUUCUGACUAGUCCUUGUCUCGACUUUGGCAAAAGGAUGUUUGUGUUUAAGAUCACCACAACCAAGGAGCAGGACCACUUCUUCCAGGCAGCCUUCUUGGAGGAGAGAGAUGCUUGGGUGCGGGAUAUCAAGAAGGCCAUUAAAUGCAUCGAAGGGGGCCAGAAGUUUGCAAGGAAAUCCACAAGGAGGUCCAUUCGUCUGCCGGAAACCAUUGACUUAGGUGCCUUGUAUUUGUCCAUGAAAGACACUGAAAAGGGAAUAAAAGAAAUGAAUCUGGAGAAAGACAAGAAGCUUUUUAAUCACUGCUUCACAGGUAGCUGUGUCAUCGACUGGCUGGUUUCCAACAAGUCGGUUCGGAAUCGCCAGGAAGGUCUGAUGAUCGCGUCGUCGCUGCUCAAUGAAGGGUACCUGCAGCCCGCUGGGGAUCUGUCCAAGAAAGCAGCUGAUGGCAUUGCUGAAAAUCCUUUCCUGGACAACCCUGAUGCCUUCUACUACUUUCCAGACAGUGGGUUCUUCUGUGAGGAGAAUUCCAGCGAUGAUGAUGUGAUUCUGAAGGAAGAAUUCAGAGGGGUCAUUAUCAAGCAGGGAUGUUUACUGAAGCAGGGGCACAGGAGGAAAAACUGGAAGGUGAGGAAGUUCAUUCUGAGAGAAGACCCUGCCUACUUGCACUACUACGACCCUGCAGGGGGGGAAGACCCUCUGGGAGCAGUUCACCUGAGGGGCUGUGUAGUGACAUCUGUGGAAAGCAGCCCAGAUGGCAAGAAGAGUGAUGAGGAGAACCUUUUCGAGAUCAUCACAGCGGAUGAAGUCCAUUACUUCUUGCAAGCAGCCACCCCCAAAGAGCGCACGGAGUGGAUCAAAGCCAUCCAGGUGGCCUCAAGGACUGGGAAGUGAGGACACGCCUGCAGGUCCUCAGCCCCUCCGGAGAAAAGCCAACACAUUCGCUUUGUCCAGGACCUGUCCCCUUCGGAGACAACGCAGCUGCAAAGGGCCCAAGGGAGGGAAGUUUGUGCCUGAAUUUGAGGGUGUGCCACAUGCUAUUUACCUGCGCUGCCAUGCUCACAGAAGCCUCGCUGCCUUAUUCCAUAUCCCCAAGCUGUGUGAACACACUAUGUGGCCUGGGUAGGUUACUUAGCCUUUUUAGAUUUCUAGAAAAUGAAAGGGGUAAACUCAGAGAUCUCUGGGGUCCUCCAUAGCUUAAAGAUGAAAAACCAAAAAGACAAAGGACAACAAACACACAAAAGAAUGCCCUAUGAUU